CCAGCCAGAGGGAGACGUUAACACCUCCAGUCAGGAUGAGUUCCCUGACCUCUGACCCUAACCAGACAGACGUCAACACCAUCAUCCGACCCCCUUACUUCUUCAUCAGUGGUUUCAGAGCCAUCCCCGACAUGAACUACUACUACAUCUUCCUCUGUUUUGUUUACAUCAUCUCUCUGGUGGGCAACAUCUUCGUCAUGACUGGCAUCUACGUGGACCGCAGUCUCCACAGCCCCAAGUACAUCGCUGUGUUCAACCUGGCCUUCACAGACGUGUGUGAAAGCACGGCCCUGGUUCCCAAGCUGCUGGACAUGUUUCUGUUCAGCAGACAGCUCAUCUCCUACGACCAGUGUCUCACGAGCCUCUUCUUCGUCUUCCUCUUCAUCACCAUGCAGUCCUUCAACCUCACCAUCCUCUCCUAUGACAGACUGGUGGCCAUCUGCUAUCCGCUCAGGUACCACAUGAUGAUCACACACAGGUCCAUGCUCCAGCUGACGGGGGCCGCCUGGGCGUUUUCUGUGUUGAUGGUGUUGAUCUCUGUGUGUCUCAUCACCCGGCUCUCUUUCUGUAGGUCUCUGGUGAUCAACAGCUACUUCUGUGACCACGGUCCCCUGUUCCGUCUGGCAGCCCCCUGUUCUAAUGUGGUCCCUAACAUAGCGAUGAGCGAAAUCAACCCCUGUAUAGUUCUCUAUCUCCCAAUGAUCUUCAUCAUAUCAUCAUACAUCUGUAUAACACACGCCCUGUUCACCAUCACACUGCCCCAGGACAGACUCAGAGCCAUUAAGACAUGUACCUCACACCUAAUACUGGUGGCCAUAUUCUACCUGCCCAUUAUUUUCACGUACUCUCUCUACACCAUCAUACCAACCAACGCCCGGAUCAUCAACCUCUCCCUAACCUCGAUACUGCCACCAAUGCUCAAUCCCAUCAUAUACGUUCUGAAGACGGAGGAGUUUAAGGUAUCAGCCAAGAAGAUGCUCAGAAGAGGGGCCCAAAGAGCUGUGACGCAGGUCAAACCAAUUAUCACCAGCCAGAGGGAGACGUUAACACCUCCAAUCAGGAUGAGUUCCCUGACCUCUGACCCUAACCAGACAGACGUCAACACCAUCAUCCGACCCCCUUACUUCUUCAUCAGUGGUUUCAGAGCCAUCCCCGACAUGAACUACUACUACAUCUUCCUCUGUUUUGUUUACAUCAUCUCUCUGACAUGUGCCUGGGAGCCUGCCCUGCUCCCCGUUCCCCUGAACCUCACAGACAUGUGCCUGGGAGCCUGCCCUGCUCCCCGUUCCCCUGAACCUCACAGACAUGUGCCUGGGAGCCUGCCCUGCUCCCCGAUCUCUGUUACCCCCAAGUACAUCGCUGUGUUCAACCUGGCCUUCACAGACGUGUGUGAAAGCACGGCCCUGGUUCCCAAGCUGCUGGACAUGUUUCUGUUCAGCAGACAGCUCAUCUCCUACGACCAGUGUCUCACGAGCCUCUUCUUCGUCUUCCUCUUCAUCACCAUGCAGUCCUUCAACCUCACCAUCCUCUCCUAUGACAGACUGGUGGCCAUCUGCUGCCCGCUCAGGUACCACAUGAUGAUCACACACAGGUCCAUGCUCCAGCUGACGGGGGCCGCCUGGGCGUUUUCUGUGUUGAUGGUGUUGAUCUCUGUGUGUCUCAUCACCCGGCUCUCUUUCUGUAGGUCUCUGGUGAUCAACAGCUACUUCUGUGACCAUGGUCCCCUGUUCCGUCUGGCGGUCCCCUGUUCUAAUGUGGUCCCCAAUCAGAUGAUGGCGUAUCUCAACCCCUGUAUAGUUCUCUAUCUCCCAAUGAUCUUCAUCAUAUCAUCAUACAUCUGUAUAACACACGCCCUGUUCACUAUCACACUGCCCCAGGACAGCAUGGCUCACGAGCAGUCAGUCCUUGUCUCUUCCAAUGCCACAUUCGUCCGUCCGUCAUAUUUCUACAUUAAUGGUUUUGAGAACAUCCCUCACAUCAAAUACUACUAUGUGUUCCUGGGUCUGGUCUACGCCGUGACAGUCCUGGCUAACUCCUUCAUCAUGACAGUUAUCUACCUGGCCAGGAACCUCCACACGGCCAAGUACGUCGUAGUCUUCAACCUGGCUGCGACAGACCUGUGUGGGAGCACGGCUCUCAUCCCUAAGCUCAUAGAGACUUUUCUGUUUGAGAAGCAGUACAUCUCCUACGAGGCCUGUCUCAGCAGCAUGUUCUUUGUCUAUGUCUUCAUGACUAUGCAGUCUCUCUCUCUCCUCACCCUGGCCUACGACAGGUUCGUUGCCAUCGUCUUUCCUCUCAGGUACCAUGUUAUUGUGACCAGAACGGCCAUGGUGGUGAUCCUAGUAAUACUGUGGCUGUUCACACUGGCUUUGAUAUCCUUCACUGUUAGCCUCAUAACUCGCCUCUCCUUCUGUGGCUCUCUGGCGAUAAAGAGCUUCUUCUGCGACCACGGCCCAACUUAUGCACUGUCCUGCAACAACAACUCUCUCAACAACAUCAUGGCUUGGGUCUGUUUCCUGGUGGUAAUGUGUGUCCCCAUCGUACUGAUAGUCCUCACGUAUUUCUGCAUUGCCAUCGCGUUGAUCAGGAUUGCCACGGGGGAGGAGAGGGGUAAAGCCAUGAGAACAUGCACCUCUCACCUAAUUCUGGUGGCCAUCUUCUAUCUGCCCAUGGUGGGUAAUAACAUAGCUGCAGUAGUCAGCUACAUACAUCCUAAUGCCAGGAUUAUCAACAACUCAUUGACCCAGACCUUGCCUUCUAUGUUGAACCCCAUCAUAUACUCACUGAGGACAGAGGAGGUCAUGGAGGCCAUCAGAAAACUAUACAAACGGAGCACUGGGAAACUGAACACAAUAAGUUGACC